AUGUUGCCAUGUGUCUGCUGGUUCCAACUUAUCCUCAUCUUGCUGUCCUCUGUCUUAUGGACCCGGGGGGAAAACUGCCCAGCAACCUGCCUGUGCCCAGAUCCUCACACUGUGGACUGCAGCGGUCGCGGGCUGACCCGUCUACCCAAUGAGAUCCCCUUGGAUGUGCGCAGGCUUUUGCUGGCUGACAACUGGAUACCCCGUAUCCCCUCGGACUUCCUGGUUCUGUACAGUGACUUGGUCUACCUGGACCUCCGGAACAACUCCCUCUCCCACAUAGAACCGGGGACUCUCAGCACCUCUUCCAGGCUGGUCUUCCUGGACCUGGGCAGCAACAAUCUCACUGAAAUCCCUAAGGGGACGUUUGGAGAGUCCCGGAGCCUGAUCAAACUACGGCUGGGCAACAACCCAUAUCUGAGCAUGGUGAGUGAGGAGGCAUUCCUGGGCCUCACCUCUCUGAGAGAACUGGAACUGGAGCGUAAUGCACUGUCUACCCUAAAGGUGGGGGCACUGAGUCAGUUGCCCUCCUUGCGGUUGGUGAGGUUAGAGGGCAACCCCUGGGUGUGCAACUGCAACUUUGCCAGCCUGUUCGCAUGGCUGAUGGAGAACAGUCACAAGCUUCCAAACGGUGUGGAAGGCAUGGAGUGCUCCCUCCCCAUGGACGGCAGACGUGUAUCCCUGACCCAGCUCUCAAAGGACAGCUUCCGUGAGUGCCAGGCCACCCUGACUCUAACAGACCUGCUCAUCAUCAUUUUCUCUGGCAUCUCAGUGUCUGUGGUGGCCAUCAUGACAAGCUUCUUCCUGGCUUCAACUGUUCAUUGCUUCCAGCGCUGGAGUAAAGGCGCCAAGGGGGAUGAGGAGGAGAGUGAGGAGUGAGAAGGAUUUACUUUUAAGGACCUGCGUGGUCCUGGUACUUCAAACAAUGAGAGGACACCGCAGACAGUAUGUGCUACAUGUGACAAGUUUCAUGCUGCUUCCUCCCUGGAGAAUAUCCAGGACUGUUUAACGGUAGGAUCUUUCCCUGGUACGGUUGCAGUUGUUUUCUUUGCAGAUAAUGGUAACAAAGGACAUUCCCAAGGAAUGAGCCAAAGUCCCAAUAAAAAUUAGUGAGUGCCCUGCUCCACUCACAAAAUUUUAUUAUAGAGCUUAUGGUCAUCUUUUAUGGCUACUGGCACUGGGCUUGAUGUUAUAGGUUAUAGGCCUACACAAUUAUAGUAAGGCUAACACCUUUUAUAAUGGAGGAGAAAAAGUUUUUUUUUUAAACCAAGUGUUGCUGCAGUUCUGUCACGUUAGUCUUAGACAAGCCGAUGACUUCUCAACAUGUAAUCACAUUGGACAUGCAACUCUGGAGUCCGAACUCCUGUUUAUUGACAUCAAAGUUAGCGAAAUGUUUAGAUGUUUUCAUUGGGGCUUUAUUUGUGUAGGACAGAAUGCUUAAUCCCAUAAAAAAAAGGAUGUCACACCUACCAAUGACCUCAGUAUUUAACUGCCUAUAACAUGAUAUGCUGGCAUAUCCUGCCAUUUACAAUGUCUUUUUUGGACAGCCUCACUCACUAUAACAUUCAAAAGAGGUUCACAAGCACUGAGAAGGCAAAUACUGUUGUUUCUCCUGCAUGUAAAAUUAGACAGUAGCAGAGGUGUCAGUCGAGCAAGAAGGAUUUGGACAAUGGCGAGAUGUUAGGUAGCUGAUGUACUGUAGGCAGGAAGAGUUUCCAGUAGGUCUACACAUUCUUUCAGCAGUAUAUUCAUUAUAUAAUCACAAAGUUAUGUACAAAAGAAAACAAUGUACAGUCAAACAAACAUAUAAAUCAAGAGGAUGUACUGUAUAUUUCGUAGAUUGAUAACUGUGAACUGUGUAGAAAGACAUAGAAAGAUAUCUAAAAUAACAGUAUAAUCUUAAAAAUUAUGGCAAAUACGGUAAAAAAAAUUGAGUCUACGUAGAACUAUUGUGUCAAAUAACGCACUUUAUAUGGUGAACCUAAUUUUGGCAAGCCCCUAAUUACACUAUGUAGACUGGUUUUGUCUUCAUCUGCCAAAGAUUAGGUUUAGGUGAAGGAGAGAUUGCAUGUAAGGACUUUGUUGUGGAUGAUGUGUUAUUUAGUGAGGUAGGGGAUUGCUCCUUAACAGAAGACAGCACUAUAGCCAAAUCACACUCAUUAUACACAUAUUGUCAGUUAUGGUCUCCAAAGAUUACAUUUUUUUCCUAGUCUGUCUACGACUGAACCAGCUGUCUCACUUUGCUCCAUACAUGGCAGUCUUUAACCUCUAUUUUAGUUCAUAACAAAUAGUUAUUUACUGUACGAGGGUGGCGGGGAAGAGGUUUGUCUCUUGAAGAAUAAAUAGACGACUUGUUUUGUUUAAGAUGUCCAGAAUGGAUACGUCAUGGGCUCUCAAUUAGCCUAUUCUCCUUUUACUAAAGAUCAUAUCCUGGGAAAGUCUCAUAACAACAUCUGCAUUUACAAGAGCGAGUACAAUCUGAAUUAAAUAAAGCAGCACCCCCAAAUAUUGUGGGUUUCUUUUUAUUUGCAUCCUGUAUGUUUAAAUCCUCCACCAUUACGAUUUGGAAUUCUCAAAGCUGGACUCUUUGUAUUUUUUCCCCAAAGCUAAGGUAUGUUGCAUUGCUUCUCACAUUCUUGUAAGGCAUGAAUAAUUCAGCAAAUGAGAUAUGAAGCAGAAAGAAUGUCGAGUCUCUUAAUGCAAACAAGCAGAGGAUAGAAAAAGAGCCAUGAGCAAAUAGAGUCAUCGUUUCUGUGUGGUUAACAAAAGAUAAAAGGGAAUUCCAAAUGCCUAUGUCCCUUUAGAACAAGUCAUAACCCUGAAUGUGCAGCAUUAUGAGGCACAUUUGGCAGAAAUGACAAGAAAUAAAUGUGGCCUUAUUUAUUUUUAGUAUUUUUCAUUAGUAUCAGCAUCAAUAAAAGCACAAAGAUUUUACAGGAAACUAAUGUGAUUCUAGUACACUCUUUCACAUCAUUAUGUUGGUACCAGCCUGUAUUGUCACAGUAUGUUUUCAUUAAUAUGUAUUGUCACAUGUUGUAUUGAAAAUGCCACAUCCUUAUAAACAGUGUAAGAUUUGUACUGUAUGGAUGUCGUGUUUUUGCCGGAAUUCAAAUUAUGUGGGACACACGCCCAUAGGAAAUUACUAUCCAUUUUUAACACCUAAUUGACCUUUCGCUAAACCCCUCCCCUGAAUAUCAAUUGUCCAAUCAUGGCUUAGUAACUGUAACUAGGCCUGUCGAGCUUUGGAUUUCUCCAUGUGUUGAAGCGAUCUAAGAAGAGCAAUAUUCUGUAUCUCAAAGAGUUUGGAGGGUGGCGUCUUUUUUUGUAGUCUUUCGAAAACCUAAAACCCAAGAGCAAAUGUGUGAGCAAUAGAUUAAAACUUUGUCUUUUACGACUUUUGCUCUAACAUAAGCUGCAAACGUUAGCAUGUCCAGCUAAUUAGCUUACUACAUACAGUAGUGACCAAGCAUUACUUCCAAAGGCAAUGGGCAUGUUAUUAGCCUACUACAUUAUUUUGUGGGGUUACAGGUUACAUUAGAAAAAUACCUGUUCAGGACUGACGCGUCCACUGUUUAGGAGCCAAGAUGCUACUAUAUCAGAAUUUAGAAUAAUGAUAGCACCUCAGUUUUGCUCUUUGUUUGUUUUGGGGAAGUAGAUGCUCCAUCAACUCCAGCUAAACUACUAUAUAGCUAUACUAUACAAAAAACGUUUUAAUUACAUUUUUAUUUUUGAUACAGUGCUAUGGGGCUAUCAAGCUCUACACUGAAAUACACAGACAAUGAUGCUCCUUGUUUACAUGCCCUGUACAUGGAUCAAAAACUGGUGAGGAUCCUGACAUUAUGCAUGGAACAUGAAGCUUAAGCCUUGGUCUUUCAGCAUUAUACGCAGCCAUCAAGUAUAUAUUUAAGAGCUGAGAUGGACUUCUCAACUGACUCGAGAAGUUUUAGCAUUAGUAUUAGCUUACAUUAGCUAGCUACACUUAUAAAAUCUGCUAGCGAGAGUCAUCAUUUUGGCCGACAGCUAGAAAUGAAAAGCCUGCUUUUGUUAUUUCUGUGUGGAAUUGAGAACCUAGUGUUUACUGUGAAUGUAUAUAGUAAAUCUGGCACCGUUAUCACUGUAAACUGCAUAUGUGCAGUGCAGAAUGUAAAGUUUGACAGGCGUAACAACAGUAACUAAGGAAGGCGGGGCUUAGUGAAUGGUCAAUUCUAACAUCGGAUAAAGUCCUAAAGAGUAUUGAAUUUCGUAUUCAUUCAUAUUUCUUAUUACAGUUUGGUCGCUAUUAGUGAGCAACACCUAUUCCUUGUAGCAAGAGUGAAGCUGCCCACAGUUAAGUUCACAUGGAGAGAACGAGGUUAUGGGGACAUUUAGGAACUCAACUUCCAACGAAAAGUAUAAAAACAUUUAAGAUUUGUAUUAGUCCAGAAAGUGAGUUUCCAAAUGUUGGCAUGAGAGGAGCAUGUUCAGAAAACAAAAUAAACAUGCUAAAUACCAAUACCGAGCUAAAGUGAAUUCAUUUGGUUUUUGCCUGAGAAACUGCUUUCUUAACUGAUAUCUGAAGGUGCAGACCUUAGUCAAGGAAUCAGAGGGAGAGUUUUAUACAUAUCAUUAUCAUUUCCAACUACUGUGUAGUUACUGUAUAUUAACAAAUUAUCAUGUUAGCUUAGCUGUUAGCUUGAAGCAUAUUUUAGCAUGACAAUUUCCUUUCUCUUAUUAAUUUUAUUAAGUAACAAAUAUCAGCACAUUAGAGCAUGCACUGUUGAGUUACCUACAGUAUAAAGUAUAGAUUCAUGUCUAUUUUUCUAUUAAACCUUUCAGAAUGAAGCAUUUAUUUACUCUGUCAGUCCCCAAAGUCAUUUUCUGGCAUUGCUCACCCUGGAAAGCAGAGACUGGUGGAUACUUUCGUAUAGUUUGUCUGCAAAAUACCAAAAUCCAUAUGAUUUUUUGUCAGAUAAAUGUCAGAAUGGCUCAAAUUUAAAGUGACAGAGAAGAGUGUGACGUUGUUGCUGCAGCUGAAUGCAUUUCCAAAUGUCAAACAAACACUGUCAAACAGACUGUAUGUGUAGCUGUAUAUUGAUGUUUGGUAAAAAAAAAUAAUAAAAUAAUUUUUUUCUGUC